AUGCCACGACCAAAACGACAAAAUAUUGGCCGACGAUCACGUAAUUAUGUCGCCCAACAAUAUCAUAGGAGAUCUCAAAGUGAAGAGGCACAUUUACAACGAAAUGUUAUUCAACAUUUACGAAAUGAACAUCGAACUACAUCUGCAGGUCCGUCAACAAAUCCAGCAUCAAGACGAAUGUCAAGAAUUUCGCGUCGUGCUCAAGCCAUGGAAUUUGCUGCAUUUCAUUACAGCAGUGAAAUGGAUUACAGUGAACAUGGUCUUAUUGGUGGAAUGACGGUGAGAUGUCUACAUUGUGCUGCAGCCAAAUUUCCAGAUUAA